AUGGCUUCAACCCAGAGUGCCCAGUCCGACCUAACAUUAUCCCCACACAAUCUCGCUCCAUCGACACUGGACGACAUUGAACUAUUCCAGCAUACUGAUAAUGACGCUUACCACAAUGAGGCAGCAUUUUCUCUGCCACCUACCGAUGGAGGCAAGGACGCCUGGUUGUGCCUGUUCGGCUGUUUCAUGCUCGAGGCAAUGAUCUGGGGGUUUCCCUCCUGCUAUGGUGUGUUCCAAGAAUACUACGCAACCAGUGAUGAGUUUGCGGGACAGAGAAACAUUGCAGUCGUGGGUGCUUGCGCAAUGGGAAUCAUGUACAUGGACAUCACUUUGUGGUUCGCUGUGCUUAAGUACUUCCCCAGAUUCCGCCGCUAUGCGACUCCGGCUGGUCUGGUCGUCGUCUGUCUUGCACUUGGUCUUGGAUCCCUGUCGACGAAUGUCACCCACCUCAUCGUCACUCAAGGCAUCCUGUACGCGCUGGGUGGUGGUUUAGCAUGGACUCCCAUUCUCUUCAACAUUGAAGAGUGGUGGGUUCGUCGUCGAGGAUUCGCAUACGGGGCAACCAUGGCUGGUCUCGGACUAAGCGGUGCUAUUCUUCCUUUAAUCCUGGAAUGGCUUCUGCAGUCCUAUGGCUUCCGAACAACCCUCAGGGUUUGCGCCCUCAGCUUUGUGGCCCUGAAUUUCCCAAUCAUCUUCUUCUUCAAGCCGCGUCUCCCUCUAUCUCAGACUUCGCAGUCCAGAAGCUUCGACUUGUCUUUCUGGACCUGCUCAAACUAUCUCAUCCUGCAGUCAGGGAAUGUUAUCCAAAGCCUUGGUUUCUUCCUUCCUGCAAUAUACCUCCCCACAUUUGCUCGCUCCAUUGGCGCAAGCACUGUUCAAGGCACUGUCACCAUUAUACUUGUCAACGCAGCAGCAUUUGUUGGGUCUCUCUGUAUGGGCUUGGCCACGGACAAGUACCACGUGACCAACUGUCUGCUGGUCUCUGCACUCGGCUCAGCUGUCGGCAGUUUCUUAAUCUGGGGUUUCUCCACAUCACUAGCACCCCUGUACAUCUUUUGCGUCAUCUACGGGGCUGCCAUUGUUGCCGACACACAAAAGAAAAGAAGGGGUGCAGACUCUGGCUUCGUAUGGGCCUGUCUCUCCGCUGGAAAAGGCGUUGGCAACCUAUGCAGCGGUCCUCUAUCGGAAGCGUUGAUGCAUGCUGGCAAUUGGAGUGCAGGUUUUGCUUAUGGUAGCGGGUAUGGCGCAUUGAUUGCUUUUACUGGAGUGACAGCACUUUUGAGCGGAUGGGGAUAUGCGGCCAGGCGAAUUGGAUGGAUUUGA